AUGCCGACCACGGAGGUGACUUUGCUCCUCAGCGACUGGACUAAGGGGAAUAACGGCAAGAAGCUCGAGUUGCCUCAUAUUCCAAUGGACGCGACCAUACUAGAUGUAAAAAAAUCUGUCUUAGAGGCGCUUAAUGCUGCUGAUUUACAGCCAGAAGCCAUAUUGCUGUUCAUCGGGACUCUCCAGCUUCGAGACGAAAAACUGCUCAAGGACUACAACAAAUCUGGCCGCUCCAAGCUAUCCAUAGAUGUCUACGAACGUGUAGAUAUGAACCUCAAGGUCAAGACCCUGCAGCAUUGUGGAUCUGGUGGAUGCGUCUGCAUACCAAUCUGGUCUUUUCUUUGUCGCCAAACGAUAAAAAUAACUAUUGGUGAUCAUGAGACUGUUGGCGACCUGAAGAGGAGGAUUGCAGAGGAGUUGGACGACCCAAACAGGUACAAACAAGAUAACAUCAAGCUGACAUUCAUGAGUAAUAUGCUUUUCGACGACUCGCAAGUCCUCAAGGACGCAGGGAUACACAAUGACGACACAAUUAACUUGCUGGUUGACUGCUGCUACUGGAAGAAGUCACGUAAAACUGACAAUGAUGCAGCUGCUUCGGCUCCACCCAAGGCGGAAGAAGAUGCAGCAGAAGGCGGACAAGACGCCGCCGAAGACGAGGGCGCUGCAGAAGAGGCGGCUGCAGAACACGGCAACAACGAGGAUGGAGCAGAAGCGGAAGGCCCUCAAGGCGUGCAAGAUGAGGCAAAGCCAAGCAUGGAACACCAGUAG